AGGCUCCAUCGUGUUGCGUCGCCUCACACACGUAUUCUCUGGCUUUUCCGUACCACUGUAGAAGUACACCUCCUUCGAUACCGUUACAUAUAUAUAUAUAUAUAUAUACGUCUAUGCAGACGACAAGCCCGCCCUUUGCCCUCACCUCACUACGGAAGACAGUCCGACUCCUUCACCUUCUUUUCUCGCACCCAUCUUUGAGCCUCGGAUGGAUGUGCUGCUGCAGGUGGUGCAGCCACGAUCUCCCACCCCAACCAAAGCGGUACGUGCCUGCUCCGACGGAAUUCGAAGCUUCACGGCCAGUGCAGCAGCGCAUAAACCCACGAACGUGAGAGAGGGGCAGGCAGCAUGCGGUCCUCAUGGGACGGCAGUGCCGUUCUGCGUUGGAUGCCUGCAGUUCUCCCAGCCGUCGGGCGUAACGAAAAGCGACAACGAUGAUGAUGCGGAACAGCAGCGAAUUGGUUGGUGCGUGUCGAUACUCCGGACUGAGGGCGCCACUCAGUCAGCCAACGGGAAGCAGUCAGUGGAUGAAAGCUCCCACCCCGACACAUCCGUAUUAACAGACCCAGGCCGUGCAACAGAUGGCGCCGCUGUUUCCGCUCGUUGUGGCUUAAGUGUUUUACGUCUCAUGGUGUGCACUGAGUCUGGAGCACCGUUACUACGCCCAGCACCCGCAGACCAAAUGAACGCUCUUCACGCAACACUGUGCCACACGAUGCGUCAGCUGAUCUCGCGCCUGCACGUCUGUAACAGGAGUAGUGCCAUGUUUGAGCGGGAGAAGGUUGAACAUCCGCUUGCAUCGACGGUUUUCUUCUGCGGGAGCAGCGUCCACACGCGCAAGGACGCACUGUACCUUACCGCGCUGCACCGCCUUCUCGUAGAGUGCGUGCUCAACGCCCACGCUCACGCGGCGAAUGCAGCAGCGGAAACCGCCACGACUGCCGACGUGUCGUUGGUCACCUACUACGAACUUUGGGGCAUGGGAGACGUGCUGGCGCCGGAGACACGCGUGUUUGACCGCCAACACGGUGUGACAUGGCUCCCCCUGUCACCAUCAUCUUUGCAUACGAAUCAGUCCCAAGGUGAGGCGCAAGGGAUGGCGGGGGCACGUACUCGUCAAGACACUCCACCAAGUACGAAGGAGACGGCGCAACGCGUUCAGAGUCAGCUGCGCGUGUGGUUUCAGCGCAUUGACGACGCCGCUGCUGUCUGGCCGCAGUCGUCCUCUCCUUCACCCUCCGCGUUGCCCCUCACGGCAGCGGACAAGCUGCAUUAUUUGGAUAGCAACGCCGUUGUGUGCACGCUUCGCUUUCGUGGUGUAGCGGCGCGUCUCUCUUGCUCCUCCUCCGCGUCCGGAGUCCAUCCAAGAAGCGACGGUGGCGUAGCCUAUCUUUCGCUAGUGCUUCUGCCUGAGAACAGCGUUUCGUUGUCAUCCUCCACCCAUCGCGGAAGUGCAGCGUUGUGGCGUGAGGUGGAAGCCCUCAGUGAAUUCAUGCAGUCCCUUCCAGACGCCGUCCCUCCAGCGCUGCAUCGACACUCAUGUCAUGAAAUGAAGUCUUUUGCCGCAACCAGCAGGGCGACGCUGCGUGCCGCGGCGGUGCGUCGCAGCCGGUGGCUGACGACGCUGGCGCAGCUGCAAUCAUCGACGAACAGCGAUGCGACGGCAGCCGCACAGCUUCGUUUUGCACGCACGUCGACCCCCACCUCCUUCUCAUGGGUGGGUUGUGUGUCAGCUGACUGGGCAGACCACCUUGCGACACGCACCACGCUCUCCUUUCUCGCGCGGCUGAAGCCGCUUACGCCAACGUCGUCGACGGCACGGCGGCUGCGCCGACACGGCACAGCGUCCAGCAGCGCAGCCAACACGCCACCGUUGACGCGGGACAUGCAGGAUAGCAACACUCGUGAAGACACGGAUAAGCUCCGUCAAAAACGUGAGGCGCUGCUCUCCUCGCCCUCCUCCGACUCCUUCCUGUUGAGCAGCGAACUUUAUUCUCCACGGCCGAGCGCACACGCACCGCAGCCUCACGUACGGCAUGUUUCACAGAAGAACAGCGUCAUGCGCGGCAGAGCAGAAGACACGUCACCGUCGCCGCUUGAUGGACACACAAGCGCUUCUUCCGGGAGUGCGUCGGAAGCUACGGGUUCCGGUGCAGGGCAAGCUGCCGAAGGCAAGAGCACCAGCACCGGCGCCCCUCCGAUGACGGAACCUGCUGCCCCGCAAGACUCUUCUCUGCAGUCGGCAAGUCCUGCCAAGGAGCUAGCGGCACUUGUCGCGUCUUUGCAGCUCUACGCGUCGACGUUGGAGGUAGAGGUGAGGCGACUACGUGGCCGCCUCGCUUGCUAUGCAGCGGCGGAGGCCAGCGCGCCGCCAAACGACGAGAGCACCAUGACAACAUCGACUGCCGACCAACCGCUCCGCCUGCAACGGGAAGGGUGGUUCUUUCCAGCUGGGCCUACGCCCACUGCAAACGCUGACAACUUUUCCCCUCCUCCAUCGCUGCCUCCGUUGGUGGAGUCAGCCGCCACGCACCUCCGCUCGGAUCAGGACUUCCCGGCGACGCUGCAACCGAAGUUGGACGCUCUUCUUCGCCGUGUGGCCGAGGCGCAAUGUGCGGUGCCACCCCAUCCCGGCUUGGCCUCUCCCACAACAGCAUCAGCACACCGCAACGCUCACCACCUCGAAGAGUUGCAGCUGAAGGUGGCGCUUUACGAGCAUCGGCUGGCCCUCGUGGAUUACUACGUGACGCCAACGCUGACGCGGUGCGCUGAUGAGAUCGACCAAUGCUUGCAGCCGCGCAUUGAAAAGUAG